AUGUCCAACAGAAGCUCAGUCACUGAGUUCCUGCUCCUGGCAUUCACAGACACACGCGAGCUGCAGCUCCUGCACUUCGCACUCUUCCUGGGCAUCUACCUGGCUGCCCUCCUGGGCAACGGCCUCAUCCUCAGCGCCGUAGCCUGCCACCACCGCCUCCAUACCCCCAUGUACUUCUUCCUGCUCAACCUCGCCCUCCUCGACCUGGGCUGCAUCUCCACCACUCUGCCCAAAGCCAUGGCCAAUGCCCUCUGGGACACCAGAGCCAUCUCCUAUCAAGGAUGUGCUGCUCAAGUUCUUUUUUUUGUCUUCUUCUUUGGUUCAGAGUAUUCAGUUCUAACUAUCAUGGCCUAUGACCGCUACGUUGCCAUCUGCAAGCCCCUGCACUACGGGAGCCUCCUGGGUAGCAGAGCUUGUGCCCAGAUGGCAGCAGCUGCCUGGGGCAGUGGCUUUCUCAAUGCUGUCCUACACACGGCCACUACAUUUUCCCUACCCCUCUGCCAAGGCAAUGCUGUGGACCAGUUCUUCUGUGAAAUCCCCCAGAUCCUCAAGCUCUCCUGCUCAGAUGCCUACCUCAGGGAAGAUGGAUUUAUUGCAUUUAGCUUUUGUUUAGGUGUUGGUUGCUUUGUUUUUAUUGUUUUUUCCUAUACUCAGAUCUUCAGGGCAGUGCUGAGGAUGCCCUCUGAGCAGGGCCGGCACAAAGCCUUUUCCACGUGCCUCCCUCACCUGGCUGUGGUCUCCCUCUUUAUCAGCACUGGCAUGUUUGCUUACCUGAAGCCCCCCUCAUUCUCCUCCCCAUCCCUGGACCUUGCAGUAUCUUUUCUGUACUCCAUGUUACCUCCAGCAGUGAACCCCCUCAUCUACAGUAUGAGGAACCAGGAACUCAAGGAUGCACUGAGGAAAUUGUUUGAAUACAUAUUUCUUAAAAAAAAAAAAAACCUUGGAAAGGACAAAUACAUCAAAGUCAUUCCUCAGGACUUAGAAAAGGCAGAUGUCAAACCCAUCUUCUACGAGAAGGCUGAGCAAAAAGAUGAUUAA